CGCUACCAGCCUGUGGCGUUGUUGGGGCUCCGGAAGGGCGCGCGCGGCGCCUUUAUCAGGGCGUGUGCCAGUGUUUAUUUGGGAGGACACCACACGUGGACGCUUCAGCCGACCGUCCUCCUUCCCGGGGGCCCUGCCCCGAGUCGCCGAGUAGCCGCAGAGUCGCCUCCGUCGCCCCUAGUGUUCUGGCCAUGGCCGCGCGCCUCCUCCGAGGGUCUCUACGCUUCCUGGGCGGCCACUGUGCGGCGCGCCCGCUGCCCGCCGUGCGAUGUUCUCAUUCUGGAGGGCAAGAACGUCUAGAAACUCCUUCUGCUAAAAACUUAACAGAUAUAGGAAUUCGAAGAAUCUUUUCUUCAGAGCAUGACAUUUUCCGGAAAAGUAUAAGGAGGUUUUUCCAAGAAGAAGUGAUUCCUCAUCACUCAGAAUGGGAGAAAGCUGGAGAAGUAAGUAGGGAGGUUUGGGAAAAAGCUGGAAAACAAGGAUUGCUUGGUGUCAAUAUUGCAGAGCAUCUUGGUGGAACUGGAGGGGAUUUGUACUACGCAGCUGUUGUCUGGGAGGAGCAAGCUUACUCAAAUUGUUCAGGCCCAGGUUUUAGUGUUCAUUCAGGUAUUGUCAUGUCCUAUAUUACAAACUAUGGCUCAGAAGAACAGAUUAAGCACUUUAUUCCCCAGAUGACUGCAGGCAAAUGUAUUGGUGCAAUAGCAAUGACAGAGCCUGGAGCUGGAAGUGACUUACAAGGAAUAAAAACAAAUGCUAAAAAGGAUGGAAGUGACUGGAUUCUCAAUGGAAACAAGGUGUUCAUCAGUAAUGGGUGGUUAAGUGAUGUUGUGAUUGUAGUUGCGGUCACAAAUCAUGAAGCUGCUUCCCCUGCCCGUGGUAUUAGCCUUUUUCUAGUGGAAAAUGGAAUGAAAGGAUUUAUCAAGGAACGAAAGCUACAUAAAAUGGGAUUAAAAGCACAGGAUACUGCAGAACUAUUCUUUGAAGAUGUACGGUUGCCAGCUAGCGCCCUACUUGGAGAAGAGAAUAAAGGCUUCUAUUACAUCAUGAAAGAGCUUCCACAGGAAAGGCUGUUAAUUGCUGAUAUGGCAAUUUCAGCCAGUGAGUUCAUGUUUGAAGAAACCAGGAACUAUGUUAAACAAAGAAAAGCUUUUGGCAAAACAGUUGCCCACCUACAGACAGUGCAACAUAAAUUAGCAGAAUUAAAAACACAUAUAUGUGUAACCAGAGCAUUUGUGGACAACUGUCUCCAGCUGCAUGAAGCGAAACGUUUGGACUCUGCCACUGCUUGCAUGGCGAAAUACUGGGCAUCUGAGUUACAAAAUCGUGUAGCUUAUGACUGUGUACAGCUCCACGGAGGUUGGGGAUACAUGUGGGAGUACCCAAUUGCAAAAGCUUAUGUAGAUGCCAGAGUUCAGCCAAUCUAUGGUGGUACAAAUGAAAUAAUGAAGGAGCUGAUUGCAAGAGAGAUCGUCUUUGACAAGUAGACAUCUGCCCACAUCCUGGAAUCCUAUUACAGCUAAUCUGGUUUUAAAUCUGCUCAAGAUAAAAUGUAACUUGGAAAGCGAAGAACACUAAACAUGUUUUUACCUGCUCUCUCUGUAGAGAAGGAAAUAAAAUAUAAAUAUAAGAUUAACACAGUGGAAGGACAAAUCUUUGAAGCCAAAAUUCUAGUUUUCCAAUAUAAGGUUUAACUUACAGUUUUUUAUGUAGCCAAAGGUAAAAGAUUUUCUGAAUCUAGAUGCCUAGGUGUUUCAUUUAUCUCUAAAAUUCUAAAAAUCAUAAAUUGUUCAAAUCUUCAAACUGAGGCAGAAAUAAUUUUAUGUCGUUAUAAUAUGAAAACAUUAAUAAGAUAGCACAUUGACUUUUAAAGGGAAAAGUAAAUAUACUUAGAAUGUAAACUCAUUUUGGCUACCAUUUGCUCCAAAUUCCCUAGAACAGUGGUUUUUACCACUGUACUCCAACCCCCUGUUUUUAAGCAAUGGAACUCUUUCUUCAAACAAAAGCUUAUGCAGAACAUCUCUGUGAAAAGCAGUGAGAACUGCUUUGAUUGAAGCCGGAAGCCAUAAUACCUUACUGCCUUGAAACCCCCAGGACUCAGCUAAGUAUUUGCCUAACCCUGACCAGGGAAUGCCUUGGUUCUGUCAAUUGCUGACACCUGAUAACACAGAAUAAUCCAUCAUUCUUUAGUUUAAAGAUGUUGGUACAUUUUAUAGGUACCAAAGCAAUGGAGUUUUUGCAACAGUUAAUGUGUUUAGUAACUUAAUGAUUACUUUAUGUCUUCUAUAAACCAGGCUGUUAAUACAAUGAUGACAAACAAAACUGGCAAGAUCACUAAAAAAUAAGUGAAUAAACAAAUAAGUAGUAAAAUAAGGUAAGAAGUAAAUAUGUAAAGGAGAUAAUUUCAAGCAUAAGUGCAAUGUAAAUAAUUAAGCAUUUAAAAUUCAAAA